CAGCGAUGUCGGAGCUGGAGCGGCUGCGGCAGCGGGACAUCCCCGCGGGCCGGCAGGGCCUGCGGGAGCAGCACGGCAACCUGCACAGGGUGGCCGAGUACUGCGAGAGCAACUACCUGCAGGCCAGCGACAAGCGGAAGGCGCUGGAGGAGACGAUGGCCCUGAGCACCCAGUCCCUGGCCAGUGUCACCUACCAGGUCAGCAGCCUGGCCACCGCCUUCCUGAGGCUGCUGGACCUGCAGGCGGCCCAGCUGCGCCAGGUGGAGGCCGAUGUCACCUGCGUGGCCCAGAGGGUGGACAUCCACAAGGAGAAGGUGUCCCGCCGGGAGAUCGGCUCGCUGACCGUCACCAAGAGGUUCCCGCCCUACCAGAAGAUCGUGGCCCCCUCCAGCCCCCCCAGCCUGGAGCCCUACUACAGGAAACCCCUCAACUUCAGCGUCCUGGACGACAUCGGCCACGGCAUAAAGGACCUCAGCACGCAGCUCUCCCGCACCGGCACCCUGGCUCGGAAGGGCACCAAGUCCUCGGCGCAGGCCGUGGGCACCCUGGGGAGGAGCGCCCGUGUGCCCGAGCCCAUCCAGCCGCCCGUGGUGCCCGAGGGGAAGCUCUCGGCAGCCUCCUCCACCUCCUCGCUGGCCUCCGUCAGCUCCAGUGGGACCCCGGCAGCUCCUGCUGAAGGAAUCCCGGCCCCGCCACCGCUGCCCUCCCUGCCGGGACCACCCGCUCCGGGACCACCCCCCCCGGGACCACCCCCCCUCCCUGGCGCUGCCAUCCCCCCGCCGCCCCCUCUCCCCGGGGCUCUGCUCCCGCCGCCCCCCCCAGAGGGCUCGGCCGUGCCCCCCCCGGACCUGCCGCCCCCAGCCCCCGAGGACCUGGAGCUGCUGCCCCCACCAUCAGCUCUGCCCGACUUGGAGGACUUGGCCCCGCCACCACCACCCCCCCCCUCAGAGGAGCCUUCCUGGGUCCCAGAGAACUACCUGGAGAAAGUGGUGGCCCUGUAUCCCUACACUGGACAGAAGGACAACGAGCUGUCCCUCCAGCCCGGCGCCCUCCUCUUCGUCCGGCGCCGCUACUCGGACGGCUGGUGCGAGGGUGUGCUGGGGCAGGAGGAGGGAUUCUUCCCUGGGAAUUACGUGGAGCCCUGCUGAGCCCCCCGGCCAGGCAGCCCCUGCACCCCCUCCCCGGCCCGGCCACAUCCCGCCCUGCUCGGGCCGCGCUUCUCCUUGGAAUUCUGGCUUUGCCCGGCUGGGAAGGGGCUCGGGGAGCAGAGGGUGGCACCGCUGGCACUGCUGAGCCCUGGCAGGACUGCAGCCCCCUCUCCCACAUCCCUUGGGAACGUUCGGCACCAGGACACUGAGCUGUCCCACAUGGAAGCACAGCAGGUCCUGGGGGCUGAUCCCGGUGCUGCUCCCGACCCCUGGGAAGAGCGAGGCCAGCACAGGAUCAGACCCCAGGAACAGGAGACUGGGCUGAGCACCCCCAAGGAUGAGGAGGAGAGCGGCUCCAGGAAACCUGCCUGCUGCCCCUUUGGCUUGAGCCACAGCAGGGAUGACCCAGACCCCCAUCCAGACCCCAAUCCAGAGGGAUUCCCUGCUGGUAUUCCCAUUCCCCGACUUCCACCAGCCCAAGGAAGAGAAACAACAUUUCGGUGCAACUCAGAGCUGUUUCACACCCAGGUUUAUGUCCUGGAUACAACCAACUUUGUGUCUGCAAUAUAGAGAUCUGUCUAUGUACAUAUA